CAAGGUGAGCCAAGCUCUAGUGGGGAGUGACCGGGGCUCGAGCGCAAGUUAGGCCAUUGUAAUAGUGCGUCAAUAAACCAUGGUCAUGGUGAUCAGUCUCAUUAUCUGAAGAUCCGUGAGUUCACUAACAAAACAUCUGGCGCAUCGGCCGGGCUUGCCCUAGCCCACCACGUGGCGCGAUGGAAGGCAUUCCUCGUUUUUAACCUUUCCAUAAAAGGGAGAUCUUCUCCCUUUCUUUAAAAUUCAACCUUUUUCUUUCCGAGUAAAUUCAGUGUAGAUUUAGUGCAAAAGUGUUAAGGUGGUGUUUGUGUUGAUUGCUGUGUUUGUGCUCUGCUGUGCAACUGUUUCCUCUACUGUGCCUGUGUCUGUGCUAUCUUCCUUUACGUGUUGUGCGACGCUGUGACGGGCCACGCCGGAAAGUGAGUACAGUGAUGCGGUCUGUGUUCUGUGUCUGUGUGGGGAAACGCGGCGCGCGCGGGGCGAGGGUACCACGGCGCGCGGAGCGACAGCUCGGGGAACGUUUCGAGGAGUGCGUAGAAUGAAUCACAUGUCGCGUAAAGUUUGGCAAUGGGUGAAAGACCAACUGUAGCCCAAAAUAUAGUCAGCACUUGUCAAAUCGAAGACGGAUGCCGCCAACCGGUUGCGUAUAUCGCGAACCCAGAAGUGUUAGACGCGCGCGCGGCUAAAGAAAUCGCAGCAAAAUUUUUCGGGGAAAUUGAGAAUUUACCACUAGCACUAAUUCCGCCAGUUACUCCAGGACAAGUGCGCGUCGCGGCGUUUUGCGAGUUCUUCACCGGGGACAACGGUAUCAGCAACGUUUCGCCUGGGCUUAGAAUCGUCGCGCGCGAGACCGACUUCGACAACCUGCGAACACCGAGCGUAAAACUUGCAGUUCCAAAAUUAAUACAAGCGCUCAAAGGUCACUUGGGCCUCUGGACCCUCUCUCAAAUCCAAGCUCUCCUCGCGGAAAUUCUAAUUUUGAUUGCUGGCAUCGAUAUCGCGGAGAAAGAGGCGGCUCGGCAAAGAAGGAUAGAGGAAGAACGUAGGCACAGGGAAAACAGAGACCGUAACAACAUGCCGCCCAAGCCAGCACUGCCGGCUUCGUUGCAGCCCGUGCUGCGUAAAUUCGAUGAAGCGGACGUUCAAGGGUGGUUCGAUCAAGCCCGAACCGUCUAUAGCCGGUUUGAAAUUGACGAGGCUCACAUCCAGAUGUACGUGGCCCCGCACCUGCCAGCGUGGGCCGAAGCAGCGCACGAGGUACACCAAAAUAAGAACUGGGAUGAGUACGUGCGAGAAAUGGUCACCGCCUUGCAGGGCGAUAGGACCCCGUCUGCAGUGAGGCAGCGCCUGCUCCAAAUGAAGCAGGGCAGCAACGAGACAAUCCGGGCAUUCGUUCAAAGGGUUGCCGGGGCGGCUAGGAAGGCGGACCCGCCGCUGGCAGAGAUAGAGGUGUGCAGGACGCUCCUGCAACUGCUUCCGGCGGACCAAAGCCGGCUGAUGGUGGGUGCAGGCUGCACCACCGUCAGCGAUUUUCUAACGCGGCUAGAAAAUGCCCUUGUUGAGAGCAAAAUCGUACAGAAGGACGACGGGGAGGAAAGGAUGGCCCGGCUGGAAAAGCUGAUUCAGCAGAAGCUGGACUCCAGAGCCGAGAGCAAAAUCCUAGCAUUGCUGGAAACAGCGCCGGACCCGCCGUCCUCUGUCGAGGACUUGCUCCUUGGGAAGCUGGAGCAGCUUGGCGUCGGAAAGGCGGCUGCCGCGGCCGGGGCAGCAUCCGAGCCAUCGCAGGCCGAGAAGGUGGACCAAAUUUGGGCCAUGUUCGUGGGCCGCGGUGGCCGCGGAGGCCGCGGGGGUGGCAGUGGCCGCGGGGGUGGCUCUGCGGGGCGCGGGCAGCGGGGCGGCUGGGCACAGCAGCAGCUGCAGAGCUACGGCGGCUUUGGCGGCUUCAAUGGCUAUGCUGACAGGCUCUCAAACAUGCCGCAGAGCUACGGCGUGGCAGUGCCAAUGCCACAGUUCGCCCCGCUCGUACCGCCGCAGUACGCCCAGCCGUACGCGUCCCCGGUGCAGUACGCACCGCCCCAGGGGCACGCGGUAUUCAACCAGCAGCCUGCCGGCAUGCAGGGCAUGCCGCAACAGCGCUGCUAUUUUUGCCACUACCCAGGGCACAUAGCCCGGGACUGCCGCAAAAAGGCGGCUUUUUUAGCCGGGCAGGGCCUUGGUCCAGAGCAGCAGCAGGGGCCGGGCCCGAACGCGGGUAUGUAAAUUCGUUGGCAGGAGGAGGGCCGAAGGGCGCACCGCAGGGCGCUGUGAGCGCACCUGACGACACGACAGGCUGGAUUAAAAUCCAGAUUCCGGAGGACGGAAAUUGCCUGUACGGGUCGCUUAGCUUUGCGCUCUUUCGGUCGCUCAACGCGACGCACGCGCUACGUGCACUAAUUUCUAAGUUCAUUUUCAAUAAUUGGGGUAAUUUUAGUGACUUUGUUGUAGGGGAAUCUAGGCUAGAAUAUUUUCGUCGGCACGCUGGCAAUGGCGUAUUGGCAACGGAAGUGCAGCUCAAGGCAGCCGCGGAGGCUCUCCAUCUUCACUUGGAGGUCCGCCUGCCGGACAGGAAGCUGACUUUUCACGGAGCGUGCAAGGGUGAGACACCCCUCAAAGUGUACCUGCUCUUCCGUCCGCCAUACCAUUGCGGCCACUUUGAUUGCUUGUUACCGCCGGGCUGGCAAAAGCCCCGGUGGCACUUAGAUUUUAAGAGUGUAGGGCACACGGGCAGCCCGGCCGCCGGCCGGGGUGUCAAGUCGCGCGGCGC